UUGCUUCACACAAACUUUCAGGCGCUGAUGAGAGUGGGAACUUUAACAAUCACUUCUCUUUUACAAGAAGAUCUUUUUAUCGUCGAUCAGAUUUAACCGAAUUGAUGCCAGGGUGGAUUGACACUAAAUAAAGUUAUCUUACAACUUAAGUCUGCUGUUUUUGCAUUUUAAUGAGAUGUUUAUGAUGUGGCGUCAGAUAGUUUUGCUGUAACGUUAGUGGGCGAGGUUUGGUCAGCUAACUUACAACAUAAACAUCUGAAAAUGUUGACAAGACUCAACACGCGCUGCUGAGGAAUCGCAGGCAGACACCGAAUUUUGGGCUGCAGAAUGAAAUAUUCUGUGACUGACAUUACUGCCUGAGAUGACCUGACCUAAUGCAUUUCAAACAUGGCAGGAAUAGCAUGGUAUCAGAAGAAGAUUGGAGCAUAUGAUCAGCAGAUUUGGGAAAAAUCACUGGAACAGAAUGAGCUCAAGGGCUUUGGAAGCAAACCUAAGAAGACUGGCCAUAUCAAGCCAGACCUCAUUGAUGUUGACUUAGUGAGAGGUUCCACGUUUAGCAAGGCCAAACCAGAGAGCCCUUGGACCGCUCUGACUCGUAAAGGCUUGGUCAGGGUCCUCUUCUUUCCUUUCUUCUUUCAGUGGUGGAUCCAAGUCACAUCUAAAUGCAUCUCCACCCUCAUCUUGGUUCUGUAUUUCCUUCAAGUGGCAGGAGCUGUGUUGUAUUUUGAGGUACCAGCAGCCUGUGCCAGUGAGGUUGUGGGUCCAUUGUGUCUCAUGCUGUUGUUGGGUACAGUACACUGCCAAAUAGUAUCCACAGAAACCUCAAGAAGCCCAGACAACAGCCCAGUUCCCAGCCGGACAGCCAGCCCUGCUCGCAGGAAAAGACAGAGGAAGAGUAGAAAAGCAAAGAGGUCUGAGGAUGAGGGCAGCAGAGAGGAAGGGAUAGUAGAACUCAAACCCCAGCAAUUUCAAGACGACAACCAGCUCUACAGAUCAGAGAAGAGAUUGGCUUUGCAGAACUCCCUUAGGAGGCCUCCGUGUGGGGCUUCUGAAGAUCUCUCCAGUGAGGAAGAGGAGGCAGAUGAAGCAGAGCUGCAAAGAGAGAGACUCUUCUCAUCAGCACCUCCAAAAUAUGCCCGAGCACUCAGGAAUAGACUUCACAAAGUCCCCAAGAACAAUUCGCCACUAAAGACUCAAGGAGACAGUAAUGGGAUGCCCAAAGACAAAGACAACCCAGCUCUACCACAUGAAGUUGAGCUUCUGCGGUCUUCACAGGGCUCGCGUCCAGCCUCUGACACGGAUGAUAUGUUAUGGGAGGAGCUUCUGCACGAUCCUGACUCCGCCUCCACAGGAAGCAGUGACAGUGGGGAGGAGGAGCAUCACAGUCAUAGCCACUCCCUCCCUCUGCCCAGCAUCACUCUGACUAGUGAUGAGGAUGAGGCCUUACCGCAGCACCAGUUCUCAUGGCUGCAGGCUUGUCACCCCUCCAAAGACCGCGUCAGUGCCAUAAUCUGGGAGCAAGGAGAGUGUAAAAAAGCUGAUAUGUCCGUGCUGGAGAUCAGUGGGAUCAUUCUCACACAAGUGAAGGUGGUUGAGCAAGGGAUGGGUUAUCUUAUUUUCGGCAGCUUGGUCACGGCCUCACUGGCUCUGCUGCCUUACUGCUUCAGACUGGCACAGAAACUGGAUGUUGCCAAUCUCAAUUCUGUUUCCCUCGAGGAACUUCCAGCAGUGGCCAUCGGGCCGCCUUGUGCCUUGUCUUAUGCUUUCUUCAUCAUCACCACAAUGGAAAGAGUUUUCCUCUCUGGACUCUUCUUCUUCAUGAUGUGUGUGGCUGAGAGGACGUAUAAACAGCGCCUUUUAUUUGCGAAACUUUUCAGCCAUCUCACAUCUGCACGCAAAGCCAAAAAAUCUGAGAUUCCUCACUUUCGGCUGAAGAAAGUACAGAAUAUCAAGAUGUGGCUUUCACUUCGAUCAUUCCUGAAGAGACGAGGCCCUCAGCGCUCUGUUGAUGUCAUUGUGUCAUCGAUUUUCCUCCUGGCUUUGUCUAUUGCCUUCAUUAUCUGUGCCCAGCUUUUGCACAGUCAUCACACAUUCCUGGACUCCGAGACCAACUGGGAGUUAAUGAUCUGGUGUGCUGCUCUCACGGUCUUCCUCCUACGCCUCGCUACCCUCGGAGCAGAGACCAACCGAAAAUAUAGCAACGCUUCUGUGCUUCUGACUGAACAGAUAAACUUGUAUCUUAAGAUGGAGAAGAAACCAAACAAAAAGGACCAGCUGAACAUAGUGAACAACGUCCUGAGGCUGGCCACGAAAUUAUUAAAAGAAUUGGACACUCCUUUUCGCCUGCUGGGUCUGACGGUGAAUCCGCUCGUCUACAAUAUUACAAGAGUGGUCAUCCUGUCAGCCAUCUCAGCUGCUGUCAGCGAUUUACUAGGGUUCAACAUCCGGCUCUGGAAGAUUAAACCUUGAUGUGAUGCCUUUCUUUACACUGCCAGCGUCUUAACACUGGGGCCAGACAGACUCUUAAGUGUGCUUGUGCACAACCUACUAAAUGACCAAUUUAACUAUUAAAAACUGUGCAAAUCUACUGACCAAACCUAUAGUUUCCUCAAUACGCUGUGCCUUCGGCCAGACUGAGUAAACCUGUGUUCUGCUCAACCUUGUUGUUGAGUUUUCCUCAUUUGAAUUGCAGUGGGUUUUCUUGAUGCACUUAACAGCUUGCUGUUAUAUUCCAACCAGUGCUCACUGUUUCUCAUAAAUGUAUCUUCUGCAAGUGUGUUAUCUCGUUUGGAAGCAACCACUUAAAUCAGAACCACUAUGUGCCUUGUGAAUAGUUGCAUAUAACAGUACUUUUAGAUAAGCUAUUUAUGAGACAUGGAUUUGUCAACUGCUGAAUGGGCAAUUCAAUGCAAGUCUUGACUUUUUAGAAAAUGGUACUGAAAAACUUGCACACUGAAGCUUUUGGAGGAAGCACUUUCUAUUGGCAUUGUAUUAAAAUAAACAAACCUUUCUCUGAAA